AUGGGGUGCUGUGGAGGAUCUGGAGGAGGAACCCGAUCCACUCGCUUUCCGGAUGGGGUGCCGUGGAGGAUCUGGAGGAGGAAGCCGAUCCACUCACUUUCCUUCGCUGCUGCUGUUGUGUCGCACCGAUCUGGGCUGGCGCUCGGCCUUCAAGUGGGGGACGCGCAAUGGCUCUCGACCCUGCCGGCGUGCCGCCGCCGGGGCCCGACGCCGUAUGUUCGCUCCCCUCCGACGCGGCCGCAGCCGCCGCGCUUGGCACGGCGAUGGGUAGGGAGCCACCAGAAGAGCUGGACACCAGGUACGGUGUCCGACGUGAGAGGCGGCGGCGCCCGCGACGUGGACCGCGCGCGCGACAGGGAGCGACCACACGCCGUGGGACUCCUGCAGCGGGGCGAUGGUCUUGAGGGCGAGAUCGAGGGCCUUCCAGUGGUGCUCCGCGGCCUCCAGAAACGCGAGUCCCGCGGGCUUGGCAUCCGUUGCCGCCGCCGCCGCAGGGAGCCAUCGGAGGAGCUGGACACCAGGUACUCGUAUGGGGUCAUGGGCCGCGGUUCGCUGGCGCCGGCGGAGGCGGCGCGGCUUGCGGCCUCCUCCCGCUCUGCCUCAUCGUGGGCCUCGCGGGUGGCAGUUUUCUCCAACGAUUUCAAAGUAUUAAAUGUCACAAGACACCUCGUCAUCUUGCUUACCGCUCAUGUUUGCUUGCUUCCACUGGCUUCGAUUCCUUUGGCUCUCUCUCCCUCUCCGUCGUCACCCGGCAAAACCCCACAGAACCCAAAAAGACGAGAAACAUCAUCAGCUUUACUCCACGCACGAGUCCCACUCCCCAUGGACGGCGAGCUCGAGGCGCAAGACCUAGCUCCGCCCACCGCCGCCGGCGGCCUAGAGGGCAGGGUGGAGGUCGACACCUCUGCGCCCUUCAAGUCCGUGCGCGAGGCCGUCGACCACUUCGGCGGCAGCGCCGCCUGGAGCUCCCACCUCAUCAGACGCAUGUUCGCGCCCCCAAAGAAACAGGAGCGAACCGAGGAAUUGACCAAUCUGGAAGAGCAGACCCUGCAGCUAGAGAAGGAGCUCAGCAUCAAAGAAAGGGAGACGCUUGAUGUGCUGAAAGAGUUGGAGUCCACCAAGAAGGUGAUUGCAGAUUUGAAGCUAAAGGUGCAAAACCAGAAAGCUUGUACAUUUUCCAUCUCUGAGGAGACGGACCAAGUUGCGGCACCCACUGAAGAAGGACCUGCUGAAAAGAAGUCUGAAAAUGUUGAACCUGAAGUGCGUACGCCUAGCCAAGAUGCACAGCUGCAGCAGGCUCCUGGUUCUUCAGUGCUCAAGGCGCUUGAGCAGGCCAAAGCUAACUUAAGCAGGACCACAAGUGAUUUAGCAGCUAUAAGGGCCACCAUUGAGUCGUUACAGAAUGACAUCGCAAAAGAGAAAGUCUUGGUGGAGAGAAGCCGGGAGAAGGUGCGCACCAAUACCACAUUGAUUUCGUCACUUGAGGAUGAACUGGACCAGACCACACAGAAGUUGCAGACUCUGAGGGACCUGCAGAGGAGGCGUCAAGAUCCAUCAGACAUCUUCAUCGAGAUCAAGAAGAUGACGUCUGAGCUAGAGCAGCUCAGGAACACGGCAAAUGCAUCGAAAUCUGAAGCUGUUAACUUGGCUGCUGAAAUUGAGCAAAUGAGAGCUAGCAUUGGCACUGCUGAGGUGAGAUGUCUUGCAGCCAAAAAGAUAGAAGAGGCGUCGAGAGCAGCAGAAGCUCUUGCACUUGCUGAGAUCAAGAUCCUACUAAGCAAUGAAGCUUCAUCAGCUGAGGGUCUCCACGGCGCAGAUAGAGUGGACCUUUCAUUGGAAGAGUACUCUGAGCUUACUGACAAAGCUCAAGAGGCUGAGGAAUUGUCAGGAAAGAAAAUUGAAGCUGCAACGGUGCAGGUUGAUGAAGCCAACCAGUCAGAAUCUAUCUCCCUUAGGAAGCUGGAAGAAACUCAAUUACAAGUUGGCGAAUGUAAGAAGGCGCUACAGGAGGCCCAGAAGAGGGUGGAUGCUGCCAACCGGGGCAAGAUUGCAGUAGAAGAGGCUCUUCAUAGAUGUCGAUCUGCAACUGGACAUAAGAGACGUUCAUUCCAUGACCAUCCCAAGUUCAAGCAUGCAGCACCGCGUUGCAAAGUUUCUCAUAGUUUGGAUAUCAUGGAAGAGUACUCUGAGCCAACAUUGUCGAUUGGUCAGAUAUUGAGUAUGAAGCUAAUGGGGCCUGAUGGGUAUGACAAAAGUGUUUGGGACAAUACGAGUGAAACUUCUAAUGUGUCACUUGGGCAGAUUCUGAACCGAAGGCGUGCCGUUGUGUAUAGCAGUGAUGCGGCUGCUCACAAGAAAUUCUCAGGAAAAAGGAAGAAGUUUGCAUUUACUGGACUCUCAGUUUUAUUGGCAAGGCAAGCCAAGAGCAAGAAGAAAAAGGAAUCUCAUUAGAACUACUGAUGUCAACUUGUCCAGAAAAAGACAUCCUUUGCAGUCUGUUAACUUGGACCCUUGUUUAUGUUCUCGUAAUCUAGUACUGUCUGUAGUCUACCUAGCUAGUUUUUAACUUUGACCCUGUAUUUGCAGAUGCCUAGAUCAUUGAUUUAUCGGUGCCUCCAUGUAAUCUGUACUUCCAUAGCAGGCUAGCAGCUAACUAUUGAUGUUGCUGAUUAGUAGUUAUCAUGUAGUACUGUGUGAACAUGAAAUGUAUCAAUAUCACUAGUAGUUGAUAUCAAUACACCUGAACAUAAUGUUCUCUGAUUUA